UGAGCGUGCACCACUUUUUGUACCGUGACUUACGAAACACGUAGCUCGUCUCUUGGCCACCAUGGCCCAAAACGGGCGUGGAGUUAAGCUUUGCUUCGGAGAUGUCCAAGCCAGCUGGACCCAGGUGCUCUUCUGCGCGAUCUUGGUCACUGUUCUGGUCGUGACCACCGUGGAUCUGUUCACGGCCUGCUAUACGCUGCACGCGACAGAAGAUUUCUUGACCUGGCUAGACGGUGAGAAUAUGCUCGCAUUCAUCGUGAUAUUCAUCGUCUUCGGGGCCCUGUCCAUCGUCAUGCUGCUGCCUCAAACGGUGCUCUUCCUGGCGGCGGGCUACGCGUGUGCAGACCGUGUCCGUAACCGGUACCUGGCGUUCGCCGUGGCGUUGAACCUGUCCCUGGUCACCUUCAUCAUCGGAGCAUCCAUCGCCUUCCUGCUGGCCAGGAGUGUCCUCCCGCCUUCGUGUACGCGCAAGUUCUUCAAGCACUUCGCCAUCCUCGAAGGCCUGGACCAUGCUCUGAAGCACAAAGGGCGCCGAAUCAUUAUCUUGUUGCGCAUCAAUCCCAUGGCGCCCUACAAUGCGCUGAACUACGGGCUCGGUCUCAGCUCUUGCACGUUCCGAGCUUACCUGCAGGGGAUGGUGGGCGCGUUCCCUUUCACGUGCAUCGCCGUGUACGCCGGGAUGCUCAUCAGCAGCGUGGACGACAUCGACUCGCUCUUCACCUACACGAGCACCGGUUGGUACUGCGUCUACGCCGCCCUGGGCGUGGCCUGCGUCGUGUCCUUUGUGGCCAUCGUCCGUUACACCUCGGCGGAGAUGAAGGCCGCCGUGCGCUCGGCGCCAAUACCCGCUGGCGGGGACAGGGUCGACGGGGAGGAAGACUUCGGGGAGCUUCCGCCGGACUCUACCAUGUUCGGGACGUUCACGUCUCGGUCGGAGUGUGGCAGCGGCAUGGAGGGGGGCGGAGGAAAUGCCGGUGCGGGAGGCGAGGAGGAGGAGGAAGCGAUGGAGACCUUCGACGAGAUUGUAGUUGCAAGAGAGCCGUUGCUGGGCGGGGACGCACGCCGGAAAAACGGCGUUGCGGCGGAAAGAACGAGUAAGAGAGCUGCACGGUUAACUCCGGUUGUUGAUGUUUGAGCGUAGAAAGAAAGGGGGUUGUCGAUGGUGUGUGCUAUUUUGAUGUACAUGUAGACGGAGAGGUUUUCCUUGCAGACGGUGUUCUGGACAAGACGAGUGGGCGAGCUCUCGUGCAUGUAGCGACUUACUGAGUCCGAGGUGUGCUUCUUUGCGAGGCGCACUUUUCACCCUUUGUAUUUGUGUUCAACGGAACAUGGGAACCUUUGGUUUCACCCAGGCAAAUGAAAACAAUUAGCCGUUUGUUCAU